AGAAGACGCCGCUGAGAACGGUCGUGUUUUCGAUGUUCUCCAAGGAAAACAUACCGGCCACCGGCCGGGGAACCGCUGAGGCUUCGGCCAGUACUACUGAAAUGUUGACCAAUGAAUACCGGACCGUGCUACCUCGUCUACCCACAGGUAACUUGAGCCUGAACUCCGUCUUUCUUCAUGGCGAUCUCGCCGCACGACCCUACCGAGCCCCAGACUUCCGUGACGCCUUACGAGAUGUUGUCGACGCCCAAGAUAUCAUCGGAAUAGGCCAAUUUCAGAUGAGCCAUGUCUGGAUGGUAACGUGCGCAAACGCCUUAAGUAAAACUAAGCUUGUAAACAAAAUGGAGCUUACCGUGAAGGGACGCAGAUGCCUCAUCAUCGAUCCCGACACCAGAGAUGUGAAGCUGAAACUUCUCUGGUUACCUGUACACAUGGAAAACCAGAGAAUCGAAGAGGCACUGGCGCCUUUUGGCACGGUCCGUUCCAUUGUACGAGAAAAAUGGAAGUGCUCUGGAAUGGAGCAAAUGGAAACGCUCAACAAAGAGGUGACCCUGACACUUAGAGAAGGAAUGAAUGCAACGAAUAUUCCACAUCAGCUCACGGUCUUCGGCUGUCGAAGCCUGGUGCUCGUCCCUGGUCGGCCACCGCUGUGUCUUCGGUGUAACAGAAUCGGUCACAUCCGUCGUGAGUGCAGAGUCCCGAGAUGCGGCGAGUGCCGACGCUACGGACACGACGCGAGUGAGUGCGUCACCACCUACGCAGACAAGCUGAGGCAGUCGAGAAGCCUAGCAGACGAUGUUGUCCACGAUCAUCUUAUGGACAUCAGCGAAGUCGUUGAUGCCACAGGGGACAUCACCUCUUCCCUUAUCAAGACACAAAGGACCGAGUCGGAAACGUCUACACAGCGACCAGAAGAACUUCGUUCUGACCCCGAGUCUGCCAGCACCUUGCCAGGACUGUCAACACCAACCGAGUGUGUCACGGAAACGAAGAGAGAUUGGUCGGAUAGCGAGUUUCCAUCCCUUAACGCACCACCUGAGUUACCGUGCCAGCAAGCAAUUGCCCGACGCGAACGCGCCACGACGUCCACUGGCACAUCGGUGAAACGACCUGCUCCUACGACGACAAGUAACGCGCAGCCCUCCGCCUCAGGUAUCAUUGCCGAGAGCAAGAACGACGAGGGAAGUGAGGUGAAACGCAAGCCAACUGCGGUGCGAGAGUUCCUCUGCAACAAGACGUCGCAAUCUGAAGCUCUGGACGUGAGGAACGAUGACGAUGUGCUCCCACCCUAACUAGAAACCUUCCUGACAUCACCCCUCAGCUUCGCUACCAUUAACGUGAGAGGACUGUGUUCACGUGCACGGCAGUCUCAAUUGUACAAGCUCCUUUUAAAGGAACAUCUUGACUUUGUUGCUGUUCAAGAGACAAAGAUAUCGUCUGACGAGGAUACUGCUCGUGCACUGGACCCCUUCCUCUCACAUUACGAGGUAUGCGUCAGUCAUGCUGAUGGCUUGUCGGGAGGGUGUUUUUUGUUUUUGAACAAGAACUUAGGGUAUUCAUCACUUUCUCACACUGUCGACGAUAAGGGAAGGUUCAUAUGUUGCGAUUUUCUUUUAUACGGUACCUACUGGCGAUUAAUUUGCAUAUAUGCCUAUAAUGACGUUAGACAGCGUAGUUCUUUUUUUUGAAAGCCUGAUCCCAUUUCUCAGCACCGACAAACAUAUUGUUUUAUUUGGAGAUUUCAACUGUGUGUGUAGCAUAAAAGACAGGUCAGUGCCUUCUGCAAGGCCCGAUAGAAGUUCCGACAUACUAAACACUCUUGCAUACGACUAUCACCUUUUUGACGUCGGAGCUUCCCAAAAUACUACUCUCCGAUUCACUCACCUUCAUGCUUCAAGUAAUGCGAGACUCGAUCGUAUUUACGUCUCAAGCUCGCUUAUUUCACACGUGACUGCUUAUGACGUAAAACCAGUUUCUUUUUCGGACCACUGCCUUGUAAAGAUCCGUUUUGGAACAGACGCACCGCGAAAGGCACAACCAAAUUGGGCUUUAUGGAAACUAAAUACAAGACUGCUAGACAACCAAGACUUUCAGAAACGUGUCCGCGAAUGUUUUAAUCACGUGUCAACGAAUCAGAAAUUUGGCAUAUUUGCUCAGUGGGACUCCUUCAAACAGGAAGUUAAGAAUGAAGCAAUCGAAUGCGCGUGCAUUGCAUCCUUUCAUGCAAAGAAGGAAGAAGCUACACUUUUGAAAAAUCUAUGCAUGCUUCACGAGUUGGAGUGCGAAACACCUGGUAUGUUCCAAGAAGACAUUCUUCGCGUAAAAUGUCAGCUACAGCAAUACGAGCACAUUCGUUUACACGGUGCACUAGUACGGUCCCGGUGUAGGCGUUUCUUGUCCUCAGAGACACCCACGCGCCGUGCACUCGAUGAUGAGAGGCGUAACGGCCUUUCAAAGAAAAUUAGAAUUUUAGAAUGUAAUGGGACACUCUCAGACAACGAAGAAGUCAUCAUGAAGGCAUUUGAGUUGCAUUACAAAAGUCUCUUUGGAAAAACGCAACAUUUAGACAUCCAGU